UAUAUGUAUAUAUUAUUAUCAUUAUUAUGUCACUAAAAAUAAAGGUCAAGAUUAUGAAAAGUAUGUAUUGAACAACAAAACGAUUCUAAAGCUUUGAAUGAGAAUUCAUUCUGAAGCUUUAAAUUACGAUUCAAAAAUAUGAAAUUUAUAUUUAACAUUUUUUCCAUUCAAUACUAUUUAUUUGAAAUAUUUAUUAUUACAAUAUAAAUCAAUACACUAAUUAAAAAUGCAUACAUAGCAGCAGGGAAAUAUUGAUCAUGAGAAAAACAGCAGGUAGCAGGUAGCCGGUAACAUGUUACAGAUGCAUACUUGUAUAGAUAUUUUAGUUCAGGAAAAUUAUACGGUCGUGUGUCAACUAUGUUUAAGAUAUUGUCAUUCUUUUUUAUAAUAUUUAAAUUUUUAUUAAUAUGCUCAGAGACCAAAAUUCUUCAAGGACAUCUUGUAACACGUGAAAAUUGGGCAUUUCUAGCAAGAUUUUGUUUCUUAACUAAACAAGGCACAUUUCGGUAUGAAUUCGAAUUGGGAGGUAAUGAACAAAAUUUAAAGAUAUUGUUAUAUUAUGACGCCCCUAAUCAAUGGCCAAGCGUUUAUCCUUCGAAUAAGACAUGUAUGGAAAAAGAAGCUAUACUUUGGGAUGGAAUUGGUCAAAUAGUACCAUUAUCUACGUCUAUAUCUAAAGAAUCAGGAUGCGUCGAAAAAGAAGACGCAAUAAUACGAUGCUCUAAUUAUCGAAGAUUUCAAUCAUCUCGUCCGAGAUGGUGGUUUAUCGCAUUAGCAGAUUGUUCCUCAAAAACUGGAUUAAACAUUUCGUAUUGGAUAUCGUUAACAAAUGCGCCGCAUGGCCACUUUUGGAAAGAACACUUUUCGGCAGAUGAAUUCUAUAUAUUACCAGAACUAAUAACAAUUGCUUGUAUUUAUGUGAUACUUGUAAUAUUAAGUUUUUACGUAGCCAUACAAUUAAGGGCAAGAAGACUAUUACAUGCAUCUUACAAAAUAUUUAUGGCUUCACUAUUUUGUCAAUUAGUAGGAAUGUUAUUCGAGAUUUAUAGUUAUAUAAAUCUUGGUUUAAGAGGGAUACAAAUAGAAAACGCUUUUUUAUUUGGUCAAUUAUUAGAAGCAUGUUCAGAUAUUUUGUAUACUGUACUUAUGUUAUUAUUGGCUCUUGGUUAUACAGUAACUAAAAGUAUUUUAAAACCUAGACAAAUUCGAUGGCUUAUAUGUUUUAUAUGCCUAAUUUCUUUCUGUCAGUUUUCAUUGUAUAUUUAUCAAUUUGAUGUCUUUGAUCCUGGAUUAGUAUUGUACAUUUAUGAGUCACCACCAGGUUAUGGAUUAAUAAUAUUGAAAUUGAUUGCAUGGAUUAUAUUUUCUCUUCAAUGUUUUAAAACUGUUACAAAAAUGUCAACAAAACUUCAUUUUUAUGGUUCAUUAUUUUCAUUGGGAUCAGCAUGGUUUUUAUGUCAUCCAUUAACGGUACUCUGCAUCACUUUAUUAGUAGACGAGUGGGUACGAGAAAGUGUUGCUAAGGGAUGUUUAUUAUGGACUACUUUUAUGGGACACAUAAUAUUUUUAUUUAUCACUAGACCAUCUAUGGCUAACAAACGUUUUCCAUUUCAUAUUAGAACAUGUCAAAUCAUGCCUAUUGGUGGUGAAGGACAAGAUCACAGUUAUGAACCUCAUAUUAGAACAACAAGUUCUGCAUUUACUAUUUCACGUUCAAUACCAUCUACUUUGCAAUAUUAAUAAUAACCAUACUACAAAAUUAUGUAAUCAUAACUGUACAAUUUUACUUUUAUUACUUCUUUUAAUGUUCUUAAUUACGAUAUUAUGUUUAAUAAUUAGUUGACAAUGAUAAAUACAAUAUUAAUAUUUUCAACUAAUAUGAUAUUUUUUACAAAAGUAUUUACAAUAAUCAAUUUACAUAAUGUUUUUUAUAUCACAUAUAGAUUUUAUUAGACAAUUACAAUUAUAACUAAUAAUCAUUAGUCACACGAACUAUCUUUCCAACCAUCUCUCCACCUCUGAUUAACUAAUUUACAAUCAAACUCAGGUUUCCCAAGUUUUUUGUUUACUUCGUUAUGUAUCAUGCAAAGCCACUGGCUCAAUUGUGAUUGUGAAUUAGUUUGUGGUGGAGUUCUUUUCAAUUGUUCCUGUAAAUCUUCUGCACAAACAUAACAAGGAUAAAACUUUGAAAAUGUGUGAAAAAACUUUGUCAUAUCCGAUUUUUGUUCAUCAGUCGGAUUGUCAGGAUAAUAUGCUGCCAUGCUAUGUAAAAACGACCAUGUUCUUGAACCUAAUUCAUCUUUAUCUAAUGGACAAUCGUCGCGUUUAACUUUAUUUACAGGUGAAUUUUUCUUCUCCGUUUUCUCAGAUUCCUUUUCAGAUUCAAAAGCCUUUUUUUGACUUUUUGCCCACGAUUUAAAAUCCAUGCAUGCACGACAAGGCUUUUCGGGAGACAUUCUGUUAUUAAAAUCGUAGUAUACAUUAAAAUAAUCAACAAUAUUUUCACGUGGUGGAUAACCUCUCUCAUGAAAUUAUAAUUCGCGCACCUUUACAUGACUUGCGACUCAUUUCAGAUAAGAAAUAGAAUGUAAUAAUAACUUUAUAUAUGUAUAUUACGAAACAAAAGAUGCAGAUAGGAAAGUUUAAAAUAUACACCCUUCCUAUAUCCACGUUGAGUUCUUGAGUGAUGGAAAAGAAGAAAAAAUUGCGUACCGUACAACUAACCUGACCCGAUCUGCGGACAGCGAGUGACAAAUGUUAAGUGCAGUUUUGACUGCACUGCAAAUGAUACGAUUGUCGGUAAAGUUGAUCUUCUACAUAGAUGAUGGCGAGUCGUAAAAAAAGUAAUGAUUCGUCUCGAUCCGUAUCAAAAAAUGCGAGGCGUCAUGUCGGAGAGGUCAUGUUUUCAUCAUCUUCAUCCUCCGAAGAAGAGGUAACAACGGGAUGUCGGAGUUGUAGAAAUACGUCGAAAGAGUACUUCGCUAGAAAUCGUAGUGAAACAGAGACUCAAGCAGGGCAAAAUACAUCACGAACUGAAGAAAAUCCUUUUAGCUUUAAACAUUUCUUAAAAAAUGGUUCACAGAUAAAUUAUCAGAAUGCUGGAGCACGUCCAAAAGUUUAUUCAUCUCCUACACAAUAUAAUUUAGAAAAGAGUUCUGCUGUUUAUUCUCGUAAUCCAACAGAAUUACCAGACUUCGUACAAGAUCAUUUGGUUAUAGAACAAUAUUAUCUAAAUCAUGAACCAAAACAACAGACUAUUUCGGAUGUUGAUAAUCUUCCUGAUUUUGCACUGAACAGUGUGGAACAAAGACAAACUCGACUUAGAAAUGAAUCAAAAAAGAGCGAAUCUAGUGCUUCGUGUGAUCUUUCUUUUGAUUUAACUGGAAAUUUGGACAAAACAAUACCUCAAAGAAAUCAAUCCAUACCAAAUACAAGUUGUUCAGGUCAUAUGACUUUACCUGCUUUUGUUAGAUCUAAUGUAGGAUCUACUGAAAGUCCAGAACCACUAGGAUUUCCAUUAGAUUUACCAAUAUCUACAGUUGACCCUGAUCCUGAGUCAAAUGUUGUUAUAAGAGAAUGUUCUCACUCAGGAACAAGUGAAGCAAAUGUUUCCAAAUCUUUGCCAGAUUUUUUAAAUGAUGGUCCUAUUCAUAAUAGGACAACAUUAUCAACAGAAUCUGGAUCUAUUCCAAAUAGUGUAGAGUCUACAGAGAGAAGGUAAUAGAAUGUUCUCCAGUUUAUUUAUACAAGUUUAUUACAGGAUUCAAUUAUUAGAAUCAGAAUUGACAUCCAGAAAAGAAGUGGAUCAUGAAGAAACAAUCCAUCUUGAAAAAGCAAUGGAACAAGUUGAAGAUAAUCUAAAACGUAGUGCAGCAGAGAUAUCAUUACUCCGUCUGGAAAAUAAAGAACUUAGAGCUGGAAUUGCAGUAGGAACUAGAAAUGAAUAUGGUUCUUCAAACACAGACCAGACAGUAAAAAGGCUAGCAGGUGAUUUGAGACAUGCUGCUUCAUCAGCAGAAGUGUCUUUAAGACAAUUAAUGUCUGGUGUGGACAAUUUAAGAGUACUAGCUUCAGCACUUGAGAAUGUGGAUAGAAUAGAAGACCGGACCAAAGAUUUUCUACCAGAUUUUGAUGAAGAUAAUGCUGCUGGUCCUGCACUUUAAUACAUUCUUGUAUACCCCUUUUUCUGCAUACUACCUUUGUUUCACUUCUAUGACAUGUAUCCCAACCUGUGCUAAUAAGUUCCUUAAACUCACGCAAUUGCGUUGAGUAUCCAUUUUGGAGUCGAUUAGUGAUUUGAUUCGAUUAAAGAGCACGAUAUUCAUAUCAUGUUUGUUAUACCUUUACCUGUUAAUAAUAGCUCUUGAAUUUCGACUUGCAUAACAGUUCUAGGUGUACAAUCAUAUAUCGUCCCUGCUUGGCAAAGCAUGACUUUUUAAGUGUAAUUUUAAACCUUAACAGCAAACAUGGAUUAAACAAUAGCUUAAUCGUGAUCUAUCACGAUGCGGCUCCGAGCAAAAAAAAAAGAACUAAAGAUUUUAACUUUUAUAUGUACGUUUUGACGUGAAACCACAACGCGAAGCAUUGGUUGGGAUUCAAUAUAUAAUUCCAACGCAAUUGUUAAAAGAAAAACAAUAUUUUAAUAGUUAUUGUAACAAUGUUACGUGUACAGUUCAAAUUACAUGUUCUAUUUCUUUGUAAAUGUUGAAACCAUCAGUUAAACAAUUACACUUGAACCAGACAAGAUUCUUCACAUAUUUUUCUAUUUAAGGGGGUAUAUGACUCUUGAGUCUCAGAAAUGUUAAUCUCCUUUCAAAGGUUGUAAUUAUACGAUUUCACAAAUGUUUUUCUAAGCAAUGUAUAAUAACAAUACAUACAUGUGUAUAUAUAUAUACAUAUAU